AUGUCACUGCUUCUUAAUCAACGUGUUCAGGACUUCGCUUGCCCAUUUGAUGACUUCCAAUGCUCUACUUCCGAACAAAGGAACUCAUGGUUGUCAUCUUUUGAAACGGAUAACACGAACCUGAUCAUCAUGAACCCAUCGCACGUCUCAAAUCUCAGUAGUCUAUGCGAAAUCAUCCUACCAAACUCGCAAACACCCGCUAUCCGCACCUUCAUUGCUCCAACCGAAAGCAUAAAUCCAGAAAAUGAGAGCACCCCAAUUGAGAUACCAAAGGCCCAGCGCCAUGGUGAAUCAAAACACAUUCAGCAUAAUAUUACCAACCGGUUUCGAUUUGUCUAUAGACAAUUCCACCAGCUUCUAUGGCACCUAGUGGCAACGCCUUCAAAGUUUCAAGCCGCCAGCUCGCUUCAGGCCAUAUUCACACUCCAGACUGCCAAAAACUGGUUCUCUCAUCUCCCAUUAACAGGUGGUAUGGUGCCGAUGCCAGAUGACGACUUCAACGAUCGAAUCUUCGGUUUUCUACAACGAAACUGGACUGUUUCGCCAUGGUUCCGAGACUUCAUCCAGAGUAUCGUCGACCGAAAACUUGACGCAGAUUUGCCAACUUACUUCACCAAUCUAGACCCCCUCUGGGACCUCUGGGAUGAGUCUCAACGAGCGAAAGAGCUGAAUUCUCAAUUAUUAGCCGAACCAUCACUAUUCGCGGCUAUUUAUCAUUGCUGCGGGGGUAAGAAGCGUCAGAUAGGAAAGCCAUACAAGCGUACCCUUCGAACAAGGGAUACUACCCUUGGAGCAGAUCCUCUCGCAAUUUGGGAGAAUGCAAUGAUUGAUCCAUUACCCAUGUCUCGGAAAAGGGUAAGGACUUCAGAUAACCGACCAAUUUACUUGAGCCAAAGUUCCUUCUCUGCCAAAGCUUCCGAAGACAGAGUGCUACUAGCUACCGAUAUCGAUGAUAUGCUAUUACCGGCAUCACCAGCAAGUUCAUCCGGAUCUACAGUCACUGCUGUUCGAUGUAGUGAUCUCCUCUCGGAGGAAAACCCUGCAAACGAGGGUGAUAUUAGCUUCUCGGGUUGUAUCGAGGUUGUUGAUCCGGAUCGUUGGAAUAGCACGGAUGCACCAAGCGCUAUGGAUAUUACGACACCCCAAAAAAGUAUUGGGUUUGUAGAAGGGCUGUCAGAUCCAGCUUUCGACUCCAAGUUCUCAGAUGUCUGGCUUGUAGAGGCUUUUACUCCUGCAUCAGAGCUUCCCUGUAACUUUGGCCCCAGAAAAUCGAGUACACCGACAAGGACCGUAAUGGUUGAUGAAGUAGCUAAUCAAGGCUAG